CUAAAAAAAAAAAUGUUGUGUUUCCGGUGGCCCGACCGACCCUAUUUUUUAGCGCCGACCCAAAGUUUUUUAUCGAUGUACAAAAAAAAAAAAUGGCGCCCGUACCGACCGUACCGAAGACGGGUUUUAGUAUUGCGAGUCGACAACGAUGUCGGACACAGACGAUUCGUGUUUCAAUUACGCAUUAACGCGCACCGGCAAAUAUGGCGGCACAAAAAGCAGCCGAAGUGUCACUACUUGCGAUCUUAUUAAAAAAAUGUGACCAUAGUGUUUCAAUACAAGAAAUAAAAUUAACUGACCAUAGCAAAACUGUUGAAGACAUUUUUUAUGACGUGCAUGGUCAUGUUAAAGGGGACAAUAUCACAAUUGAAGCCAGUUGUUCGGUAAGAAUAAAAAAAAAAUGAAAACGAAAGUCGAGUCAUGCCAUUGGUAAAAUUUAACUCAAAAUGUAAGAUUGAAGUCUACGUUUGGUAGUCUAACAAUUUUAAAUACUUUUAUGCUAUAGAAUAUAAGACAGUCGGGGAAGUAAUUAUCUCCAUUAUAUCGAUGCAUCAUGAAAAUCCCUCUGUGUGUCACAAAGUAUGGAAAGCCAGAAUCGUAAAUAUUUAUAUAGCAUUUUAUAGAACAACAAUAAAUGCAAUUUAGUUAAAUUUGAAAUAUACUUGUGGAAUAAAUAAUUCUGUCAAACAACCAUAUAUAAAGCUGUAAAUUUGUUAGGAUUUUAUUAAAAUCAUGAUAGUAAAAAUUAUUUCAAGAGCUUUUGGUAAAAAAAAAUGACACUAAAGGAUUAUUUUAUCUCCAGAUGGACCUGUAUGAGACGAGUUUUAACCAGUUCAGUUUUACACCACAACUUACAGUAGGGGCUUUGAAGGGAUUUUAUCCCAAUUUGAAGUCGAUAACAUUGAAAUGUGUGAAGCCUCCUGAACUUGCAGAACUGUCCACCAUCACUACAGACCAAACAAAAAUAAGUGUACAGAAAAAAGUUAAUGCUUUCAACAUUCUUUUGAGUGGUGCCAAAGUUCCUCUCGUCAAAAAGGCAACCUGCAACAACAGUAAGGAUGAACUGUACAAUGAUGUGGUCAAUAUGAUGGUCAAAAACAAUCUGAAAGUACACAAGAGUGUUGUAGCAGAAGAAGGUGCUUACAAUGUGCAGGUUAUCACAAAUGCUUUAUGGUAUUUAACUAACCACCACACAACCAUUAAUGAUGCUGCAUUGCGGAAUAAAAAUGUUGAGCCAGUUCCAGAGGAAUUUGAUGGCUUUCAAGGAUACAACCAGUUGAAGCGUAAGAAGUUGAAGUCACAGCCACUUGAACAAAAUCAGUUGAACAGUCAUUCAGAGGCUUUGUACAGUCUUAUUCAUCGUCCUGUGUUUUCCAGUGACAGUCACUGGAGGAAGUUUAAAUCUAUUAUUGAGAAUUUAGCACAAUGUCUUUGCAAGUAUAGAGACUACCUUAAAGAAAAAAAUAUUAGUCAGACUAAACGACAGGAUGCCGACCAUCCUCCUAGAACAGUUGGAUCAGAUAUUUCAGUUGUGUAUCAUCCUAAAUGUGCAUUUGUUAGGGAGAAAUAUUCUUUAUUUGAUAAGCUAGUUUCAGAAAAAGAAGAGUUUAUACCUGUAAUGUUUAAUGAAGAUGAACAUCUACUCACACCAUUCAAUGAUAACAAGCAAAGGGCAAGGUUUUUUGAUGAAAUGCAAUUAUCUGUACCUUUUGACAUGUAUAAGUACUCCCCGGGUGGUAGUCAGGUGUCCAUUGUUUUUGUUUCUAAAGUAAAUGAAAAUAGGUCAGAUGAUGAUAGGUUGGUAGAACCAAUUCGAAUUGUAUCACAGAUUCAAAAUAACUUGCCUGAAUUCCACACUAGGUCACAAAAAAGGUAUUUCAAAAGUAAGUUGAAAAACAUAGCUAGUAUCAAACCAUGUGUUGUAGAUUUCAUCUACAAGGAGUUGGCCAUGGACUCUGCACAGGUAAGUCAUCCAGAAACCCAAGCAAGACUCAAAUUAAUUUCACUUGGGGAAACAGGCUUGCUAGCAGACCUUAGGGAGCUCAACCCAGGAAGGCCGUCAGGUAAAUUUGACACAUUUUUUGAGAAACUUGCAGAGGAAGUUGAAUCUGUUACAGCUGUUGAUGAUAGGCGACAUGGGGAGGUACAUUUAAGUAAGUGGAUCAGUCUGGAAGAUCUCAUUUUACAGGCAGCCAGUAGGUGUCCAGAUGGGACAUUGAUACCUUCAAAGAGUUUGGUAAGAUUGCAGUUUACCCCAAGAAAUCCAUACACGCAUGCUUCUCUUAAUUUUACUGGAAAAAUUCCAGUACAAUAUAAAAUCCAGAGGAGACAGUUAAGGGCUGCCCACCAAGAUCAGCAUUUUUGUGCAGCAAUGUAUAAAUACCUGAAGACAAAAGCAAUUGAACUGGGUAAGUGUGGAUCCCUUAUUUGUUCAGAUGACAAAGCUAAAGUGCCUAUUGGAAAUCCAGGCCUUCCUAUUUCAACAGGUGUCCGAGGGAAGAAAACAAUCAGUGCAACAUCAACUGAAUUUGUAGCUGGUGACCAUGAUAUGCAUAGCACCAGUUUAACGCCGUCUGUUUAUCUUGUUUGUGAUGUGCCUGAUUCUACCAAGAAGUCUUUUGUAUCUGGUAAGGUGCAUGUUACAGUGAAUGAUACAGUAUUGCAAAGCUCAAGUCCUUUCAGGCAUGCCUCAAUGCUGGCAAAGAUACUUUCUGGUCCAGAUUGUCCAAAAGUUAUGCUUAGGUACAGCGAUGGUGGUACAGAUCAAAGAAACACAUUGGAGAGCGUCAAGUGUGCAAGUAUUUGUUUGUUUCGUGAGUUGAACUUGGAUAUGAUGAUAUUGGCUAGAUGUGCUCCAGGGAAUAGCUGGGCAAACCCGGCCGAAAGGGUAAUGAGCAUUUUAAAUUUGGGUUUACAGAAUUGUGCAAUGGAAAGAGCUCAUGAUGAUGCAUUCAAGUCUGUUAAUAGUACCUCUCAACUCAGAGAUUUGAUAGAUAAGAAGCCCGAGUUGAGAGAACGAUGGGUUUCUAAUAUCGAACCAAUCCAAGCACUUGUUCAGAAUCGCUUUGCAAGACUUCAGUUGAAAGGUGAGUCGUUUCAGAUACAGGAUCCUGUUACAGAUGAUGAAAUAGACCUUCUGAAGAGACACCUUCGGGAGUUAUUCCCUGACCUAGAUUUGACUAAGCUUCAGAAAGCCCACACUAAAUCAGUAGCAUCCUACCAGAAAUGGAUGGAAGAGCACACCCGUCAGCGCCAGUAUUGUUUUCAGGUGAGAAAGUGUGGGAAUCUUGAAUGUUGUUCUGAAACAGUAACUCAGGCAGAACUUCUGGACUGGCUUCCAGAUCCAGUUUUGGAUGAUAGUAAGGAGCACUUUAAGCCAUACAGUGAAGUUAAAGGCCAGGAAACAGAUGACCAUGACAGGCCCAGUUACAAAGCGCCUGAGAAAGGUAAAGGUAAUAUAAAUAUUAAGGCAGCUUCUCAAAUGCCAACUAACACAAAUGCUGAUGAAACAACAGAUCAUGUGUCUCAUGUUGAGGCUUCCGUGUUUACUGCACAGAAUGCAAGGUAUAGCGUUGAAUGUAUUGAAUGUAAAAAACCUAGGGUUAUUUACAGUAAAAAUAAACUUACUGACAGGCAGAAAAUGCAACUUACUCUUACAAUCUCUGAACACGAGUAUUCCUGUGGUUCUUAUGUUACAUUACCAAACAGUAGUUUGCACAAAAUCAUACAUGUAAGAUUAGGCAUAACUUGUGAAACAGCAGUUGAGCUUGCAUUUUAUAGAUCAACAUUGUGGUGGAGUAGAUGGUUAUAUUGA